UGAUACUAGUAGUUAAACAUCUGUAUAGCAUUAAAGUGAUCGUGAAUACUAUAGGUAAUACAUGCACACACAAACUUAAAAAUGCAUGUAUAGAUGAAUAUAUUAAAGGUUGCAUCUUUUCAAAACUAAAUAACUUUAUAGAUUACAGGAUCUGGUUUAGCUUAGUUCAACAUGAUUCAGAAUAUUAAAGAAUUAGAGUUACUGACGGGGCUUCUAACAAUAUACCUGCUACCAGUCAGAUCUGAACUAACGGAUUGGCCGUGUAAUCAUGUUAUCUUCUGUAAACCAGACUCAGGAAUACUUCAUACCGUUCAAACACUACAACUAUUUCAGGAUAGCAAGACAUUUGUGGAUAUGCCUUUGAAGUUCUCUGUUAACGAAACCCUUGCAAAAUAUGUCUCUCUUCAACCAGAUCCUAGUAGAGUAGAGGUAGAACAAUUUGUGGCAGAAUUUUUUUCAGAACCUGGAACAGAGUUAAAAGAAGUCAAACUUAGGGAUUGGUCAGAAAACCCUGAAAUACUUGGUAGAAUUCAGGAUGCGUCAUAUAGAAAAUUAGUGGAAAUUCUUCAUGAAAGAUGGCAGCACUUAGCUCGUGAAGUUUCUGAAACUAUUGAAGAAGAGAAAACAUCUUUAAUACCUCUAGCUCAUCCUUUCAUAGUUCCCGGGGGCAGGUACAAAAAAAAUAUACUCAUAGUUCCCGGGGACAGGUACAAUAAUAAUUUACUCAUAGUUCCCUGGGGGCAAGUACAAUAACAAUAUAAUCAUAGU